AUGAGAGUGCAGCCAUAUGAUCAUCCGGAAUGUAGUGACCUCGCCUUCCCUGCAUCAUCCCCAGAGCCAAUUAACUGUGCAAGAAACCAUGGACCCCGAUUGGUUGGUGGGGUGAACAGAUGCUCUGGGCGAGUGGAGGUCCUGCAUGGAGAGCAGUGGGGAUCUCUGUGUGGCAUUUACUUUGAUUCACAAGUCGCCAGUGUGGUCUGUGAGCACCUUCAGUGCGGGUCUGUAAAGUCGGUACCCAGAGAUGAUCGAUUUGGGAGGGGAGCCGGACAAACGUGGAAGGAAAAGUACAAAUGUCGUGGAAACGAGAGACGAUUGUGGGACUGUGCAGUUUCACGCAGUGGACGUUUUAACUGUUCCCACGGAAACGUGGCCAAUGUCAUCUGCUCGGGUGUGUCCGACGAGAAUUCGUCACCAAGACUAGUUAAUGGUGGAAGCAGAUGCGAUGGCCGAGUUGAGGUCUACUACAAUGGAAGCUGGGGCCGAGUGCAAGACACCCUGUGGGACUUGAAUAAUGCUCACGUUGUCUGCAGACAGCUGGGUUGCGGUUAUGCCUUCGAAACGUAUAACACGUCGAAGUAUAAUCGUCUGUGUUUUUGUUUGACAGAACACAUGCAGUUAAGGCUGACAGAUGGAGGAACCCGUUGCGCUGGUCGAUUGGAAAUUUACUACAAAGGGACAUGGGGCUCAGUGUGUGAUGACUCCUGGGAUGUGAUAGACGCUGAAGUAGUUUGUCAGCAACUGGGUUGUGGAAAUGCGCUGAAUAUGACAUCUCAUUUCUCCUUCGGACCGGGCUCAGGUCCCGUUUGGUUGAAAGAUGUGAAGUGUUCUGGAAAUGAAUCAUUUCUCUGGGAAUGUCCGUCAGCACCAUUGGGUCACCAAGACGAUUGUUCUCAUAAGGAGGACGUGAGAAUUAUAUGCUCAGAGCACAAGGAGAUGCGGCUGGUGAAUGGAAAACAUCGCUGUGAAGGGAGAGUGGAGGUGUUCUACAAUGGGACUUGGGGAACAGUAUGUUCAGAAAAUCUGUAUGGACAAAGUGUUGAAGUGAUAUGUAAGCACUUCGACUGUGGUGACCUUCUGUUCAUUGAUUAUGACAGUCAAUCAUUCGGAGCAGGAAAAGGACCUACGUGGCUCGAUGGGAUGGAGUGUCUGUCACACAAAACGGCCGUGCAGCAAUGUCAGACGGAUCCCUGGGGUCAAUGCAGUUCUCAAAACUGGGCAAAUCUAGGCGUCAUUUGUUCAGAGCGUAAUGUGAAGAAGGAGCAGCCCCUCAAUUCAAACCCUUGCCCUCAACAGUCAGAUUCGCAACUCACUGUGCGCCUGGACGGAGGAGGCAGCAACUGUUCCGGGAAAGUGGAGAUGAUGUGCAAUAAACGCUGGGGCACGUUUUGCGGUGAUUCUUGGGAUAUAACUGAUGCCAAUGUUGUCUGUAGACAGCUGGGAUGUGGCUUCGCUCUACUGGCCCGAGGAGGGCCCGCUAUCUCCCAGGGUAAAGGUGUUAUUUGGCAGAAUGGUGUGAAGUGCAAGGGAAGUGAAUCCUUCCUUUCCGACUGUCUCUCCACAGCACGAGGGCAAAGCACAUGUAAUCACAAGGAAGUUGCCAGUGUUUUCUGCUCUGAAUCCGAGUUGUUGGCGACUUUCCCUUCACCUCCACCAGCUGCAAUAUCCACUUCCAUUGGCUCACUCAAUCACAUCGAAUACUACAUUAGCCACAACUUGAGUGACAGUAAUUUGGAAUCAGAAUAUCCUGAGAUGAACUCCAACAGUAGUCCAGGUGUCUUCUGGCAACAAAUAGCCACAACUCGAUCAAAAGUGAAGCUGACCGUGAACCAGACAGAAGUCAGUGGCUGCACAAAGCAGGACAGCGUGGCUAUUGCACCCGGGAGUUUUGCGAACGGAAGUGAACUGCUCACGUUAAAACAUCGGAAUGUGUCUCAAUAUCAGACCAAGGAUCGCCACCAGUUGGUCGGCCAUUGCCAUAGCCGCCAGUUAAUGUUCAGACUUCACCUGCUACCUCGCAUUGGGACGAUGUUUGGAACCCUCCUGAAUGUACUUGCUCUGCAGCUGUUGAACUGCAGACUUGUCGACACUCAGGCCGUUAGCACAGAGUCGGUAAGGCUGAGACUUGAGAAUGGGGGCAGUCCUUGUGCUGGUCGAGUGGGGAUUCACUACUUUUCGUUGUGGGGGACUGUGAAUGAUGCCGAAUGGGACCUUCUGGAUGCCUCUGUUGUUUGUCGGGAGCUGGACUGUGGGAGUGCGGUCUCUGCCCCAAGGCAGGCUUACUUUGGAGAAGGAUCCGGACCCAUUAUGACCCGGAACGUUGAGUGCAAUGGGACCGAGCGCUCUCUGCGGGACUGUCAAUCAGUGAGAUGGGCUCACUACUCCAGGUCACACUCCAAUGAUGCUGGUGUCAUCUGUUCAGACCACACCCUUCCCAGAUUGGUACCUGGCAAUUCACAAUGCUUUGGAAGACUGGAGAUCCAGUUCGGUGACACCUGGAAAACAGUGUGUGGUCUUGACUGGGAUUUGAAAAACGCCAAUGUGGUCUGUGUGCAACUUCAUUGUGGGGUUGCCGUGUCUGUGUCAAGCUCUGCUUAUUCGGGAGGCGGUAAUGUGCUCAUGGCUACUGAGGUCAUUCAAUGUACGGGAAAUGAGACUCAUCUGGAGAAUUGCCCUCGGUCUACAGCCAUUCACCAGGAUUGCAGUGCACACAACAAUGUCACCCUGAUAUGUUCAGGCAGACUUGACGACACUCAGACCAGUAGCACAGAGGCGCUGAGUCUGAGACUUGAGAAUGGGGGCAAUCCUUGCUCUGGUCGAGUGGAGAUUCACUACGAUGGUCUGUGGGGGUCUGUGCAUGAUCGUAACUGGGACUUGCGAGAUGCUGCUGUGGUGUGUCGGGAGCUAGACUGCGGAACCGCGGUCUCUGCCCCGCGUGGGUCUCACUUUGGACCAGGAUCCGGACCCAUUGUGACUGGAAAUAUUUGGUGCAGCGGGACUGAGCGCUCUCUGCGGGACUGCGCAUCAUGGGAAUGGAAGCAUUACUUCAAUUCACAAUCCAAUGAUGCUGGUGUCAUUUGUUCAGAGCAAGUCAUGUUAGUACCUGAAAAUUCCCAAUGCUUUGGCAGACUGGAGGUACAGUUCGGUGACACCUGGAGAACAGUGUGUGGUCUUGACUGGGGUUUGGAAAAUGCCAACGUGGUCUGUGCACAGCUUCAUUGUGGAGUGGCUGUAUCUGUUUCAAGCUUUGUUCAUUCUGGAGCCAGUUCUGUGCUCACGGGUACGAAGGUCUUUGAAUGUACAGGCAGUGAGACUCAACUGGGGAAUUGCCCUCGCUCUUCAACAACUCACCACGAUUGCCGUGGACACAACAACGUCACCCUGAUAUGUUCCGGAAACCAUGGACCCCGGUUGGUUGGUGGGGAGAACAGGUGCUCUGGGCGAGUGGAGGUCCUGCAUGGAGAGCAAUGGGGAACGCUGUGUGGUGAUUACUUUGGCAUACGAACCGCCAGAGUGGUCUGUGAACACCUUCAAUGUGGGACUGUCAGGUCGAUCCCCAGAGAUGAUCGAUUUGGGAGGGGAGCCGGAACACUGUGGAUGGAGAAGUAUAAUUGCCGUGGAAACGCGAGACGAUUGUGGGACUGUCCAAUCUCACAGGGGGAGAGGGUCAACUGUUCCCAGGGAAAUGUCGCCAAUGUCAUCUGCUCGGGUGUGUCUGAUGAAAGUUGGUCACCAAGACUGGUAAAUGGGAGAAACCGCUGUGAUGGCCAAGUUGAGGUUUACUACAAUGGAAGUUGGGGCAGAGUGCAGGACUCCCUGUGGGAUCUGAAUGCUGCUCAUGUUGUGUGCAGACAGCUGGGUUGCGGUUAUGCCUUAGAAACGCAUAACUCUUCAUACUACGCGGUGAGUGAUGAACGUCCGUGCGUGCAUAGUAUCCAGUGUCAUGGACAGGAAUCACAGCUCCGGGAUUGCAGCAUUUCCAACCCUUUGAGCUCGUCUGUCACUGACAGCGGUGCCGUUGGCAUCCUCUGUUCAGAACAUAUCCAGUUAAGGCUGUCAGAUGGAGGAACCCGUUGUGCUGGUCGAUUGGAAAUUUACUACAAAGGGACAUGGGGAUCAGUUUGUGAUGACUCCUGGGAUGUGAGAGACGCUGAAGUGGUUUGUAAACAACUGGAUUGUGGAGGUGCACUGGAAAGGGCACUUCCUUCCUCCUGCGGACCGGGCACAGGGCCAGUUUGGUUGAAAGAUGUGAACUGUUCUGGAAACGAAUCAUUUCUCUGGGAAUGCCCUUCAGCACCAUUCGGUCAGCAAGACGACUGUUCUCAUAAAGAGGACGUAAGAAUAAUGUGCUCAGAACACAAGGAGAUGCGGCUGGUGAAUGGAAAGCAUCGGUGUGAGGGGAGAGUGGAAGUGUUCUACAAUGAGGCCUGGGGGACGGUGUGCUCGGAAAGUCUGGACUUCCACGAUGGGGAAGUGAUUUGUAAACAAUUGCAGUGCGGUGCUCUCCAGUCCAUUGAUUAUUACACUCAGUUAUUCGGAGCAGGAACGGGACCUAUUUGGCUCGAUGACGUGGAGUGCCUGUCACACGAGCCGACCCUGUGGCAAUGUAAGAGAAAUCCGUGGGGUCAACACAACUGCGAACACAGGGAAGAUGCUGGUGUCGUUUGUUCAGAGAACAAUGUAACAAAGGAGCAGUCCCUCAGUUCAAAUUCCUGCCAUCAGCAAUCAGAUUCGCAACACAGCGUGAGCCUGGUUGGAGGAAGCAGCAACUGUUCUGGGAGAGUGGAAAUCCUGUGCGGAAAAGGCUGGGGAACGUUGUGUGGUGAUUCCUGGGAUACAACUGAUGCCAAUGUUGUCUGCAGACAGCUGGGAUGUGGCUUUGCUGUUACGGCCAGAGGAGGGCCCACUGUUUCUCAGGUUAAAGGCGUUACCUGGCAGAAUGAUGUGAAGUGUAAGGGAAGCGAAUCCUCCCUAUACGACUGUCUCUCCCUGGAACAAAUGCAAAGCGAGUGCAAUCACAAGGAAAUUGCCAGUGUGAUCUGUUCUGGACCCGAUUUGUUGCUGACAUCGCCUUCGCCUCCACCUGCUGGACAGGCAAGUACAUCUAUUUCCAUACCAGUCGUCAUCUGCUUAACCUUGGGAUUCCUGUUAAUCUGUGAUUUAAUCGUUGUAAUGCUCGUUGUAAUGCAGAGAAAAUUUCAAAUGAAAGACCGUUACACGCGUGGCAAAGGCUCCAAUCUUGAUUUGUACCAAGGAAUUUAUGAAGAAAUUGAGGACAUUUCCCGUGGCAAGAAGCCCUCUGAGAUACAUGAAGCCGAUCGAAUUCUUGGUAGUUGCAAAGACAUUGACACUGAAUCUCAGGAUGGUCAGUCACAAUUGGACAGCGAUCCCGAUGAAUCCUUCGCACUAACAAAUGCUGAGAAUGACGUCAGUGUCACCGUGAGCAUGUGUAACUUCCUGACGAUUAUGAUUCUAUCUUGUAAGAAAUGUGGUCUAUCCAAAAGUGUCAAACUUUACCUGACGGCUAUGGUACUGGCAGAUCAACUGGUGGUUAUCCUCGACCUGAUAUUGAGACAGAUUCCGAUUGUUUAUCGUGAAAAGUUUACUUUCCUUCGCAGCAUCCGCGCACAUUGCAAUGGCCAGCAGAGCUCGCCGCAGACUGUGGCAUCGAAGCAGUGGGAAGAGAUCGAGAGACGCAGAGAUGGAGAGUCGAAAAAAAUCGAUCAUUUUACUGUUCGCUAUGUCGACCAAUUUCAUCCUGUUGUGGUCAAUGUUAAUGGUUUAUUCCAUAUGGAGACGGAUGUGAGAAUCGAGGACGCUAAGAUACGUGCACCAACUGACCUGUUGAUUCAAGCCUCGGGCGAGUGUCUGUGUGAAGUUUACACAUUGCCCCUGUGCAGACUUGUUGAAACUCAGGACGAUAGUAAAGAGACUGUGAGGCUGAGACUUGAGAAUGGGGGCAGUCCUUGCGCUGGCCGAGUGGAGAUUCACUACAAGGGGCAGUGGGGAAUUGUGCUUGAUUAUAAAUGGGACCUGCCAGAUGCUGCUGUUGUGUGUCGGGAGCUGGACUGUGGGACCGCGGUCUCUGCCCCGGGCGGGGCUCACUUUGGACGAGGAUCCGGACCCAUUGUGACCUGGAAUGUUCAGUGCAGCGGGUCCGAGCGUGCCCUGCGGGACUGUCAAUCAUUGGAAUGGGGCGACUAUUCCCUCUCACACAACAAUGAUGCGAGUGUCAUCUGUUCAGAGCACGUCAUUCCGAGAAUGGUGCCUGGGAAUGCCCCAUGUUUCGGCAGACUGGAGGUCCUGUUCGGUGACACUUGGAAAGCAGUGUGUGGCCUUGACUGGGAUUUGCAAUCCGCCAAUGUGGUCUGUGCGCAACUUCAUUGUGGAGUGGCCAUGUCUGUUUCAAGUUCUGCUCUUUCUGGAGGCAGUACCGUGCUCAUGGGUACGGAGGUCUUUAAAUGCACGGGCAAUGAGACUCAGGUGAUGAUGUGCCCUCGGUCUUCAAGCACUCACCGGAUUUGUACUGGACACAACAAUGUCACCCUGAUAUGUUCAGGGAACCGUGGACCCCGAUUGGUUGGUGGGGAGAACAGGUGCUCUGGGCGAGUGGAGGUCUUGCACGGAGAGCAGUGGGUAACGCUGUGUGGUGUUUACUUUGGUUUACAAGACGCCAGUGUGGUCUGUGAGCACCUUCUAUGUGGGACCAACGGGAAUAUUGCACUAACAUUUAACCCGGUUGUAAUUCAUAUAUUUAGUCGUUCAGGGGAUGGUGAUGUCACCAAUGAAAAUUGGGCGCUAAGGCUAGUGAAUGGAGAAAGCCGUUGUGAUGGCCGAGUUGAAGUUUACUACGAAGGAAGAUGGGGUGGAGUGCAGGACACCAUGUGGGAUCAAAAUGAUGCCAACGUUGUCUGCAGACAGUUGGGUUGCGGUUAUGCCUUAGAAAUGUAUAACUCUUCAAAGUAUGGGGAGAGUGAUGGUGGUCCGUGGGUGCAUGUUGUCCAGUGUAAUGGACAGGAAUCACAGCUCCAGGACUGCAGGAUCUCCAAAACAUUGACUUCGUCUGCCACUGAAGGCAGUGCCGUGGGUGUCCUCUGUUCAGGUGAGUAA